UGUUGCUUCUCACCCGCCUCGCAGUCUCGCACCCUCGCACGAUGGCCUCCUACGGCCAGUCCCCCUAUCAGGCCGUGCAGCGUCCCGGCCACGCCUCGGCCAGCGGCAUGGGCGGCGGCAUGGGCGGCGGCGGCGGCAUGGGCGGCGCAGCACGCGGCGAGGAGAGCCCGCUGGACAAGGUCCGCGCAUGGAGCUCAAAGGUUGAGGAUCUCAUCGACGUCUACACGCAGCCCAUCAAGCCCCACCUUCCGGCGCUAGGCCGCUUCUUGAUCGUGGUGACGUUCCUGGAGGAUGCGCUGCGCAUCGUGACGCAGUGGGGCGACCAGAAGUACUACCUGCAGAAGCACCGUGGCUUCCCGUGGGGCAUCAGCCAUAUCUUCCUGCUCGUCAAUGUGCUGGUCAUGCUGGCCGCCUCGAUCGCCGUCAUUGCGCGCCGCUACCCCGAGAUCAGCGUCGGUGCGCUGCUCGGCGUCGUCGUCGUGCAGGGCUUCGGCUACGGCCUCAUCUUUGACGUCAACUUCUUCCUGCGCAACCUCAGCGUCAUUGGAGGCCUGCUUAUGGUCCUCAGCGACAGCCUGGCCAAGAAGAAGAACAUCUUUGCCGGCCUGCCGAGCAUUAGCGAGACGGACCGGAAGGUCUACUUCCAGCUCGCUGGCCGCGUGCUGCUCAUCUUCCUCUUCAUCGGCUUCAUCAUCCAAGGCAACUGGUCCAUUGCGCGCGUGCUCGUCUCGGUGCUCGGCUUUGGCGCGUGCGUCAUGGUGGCCGUGGGCUUCAAGGCGCGCUGGAGCGCCAGCUUCCUCGUGCUGCUGCUCAGUGUGUUCAACCUCUUCGUCAACAACUUCUGGACCGUGCACGCCGCGCACCCGGCGCGCGACUUCCUGCGCUACGACUUCUUCCAGACGCUCAGCAUUGUCGGCGGCCUGCUGCUGCUCGUCAACCAGGGGCCAGGCGGCUUCUCGAUGGACGAGCGCAAGAAGUCGACGUAAGGUCUUGCCAAGGCCUUGCUGACUGCCUUCGCACAUCUCAAGAUAUCCCCUCUCUCCCUCUCCCUCCUCUUUCCUCCUUUCUCUCGCCCGCUCCGCGCGCGCAUCGUCGUCCUUUCGCGCGUUCGCCGCCUGCUCGGCACGCUGCGACUCGGACGCUGACACUACACUGCGAGAGAGCCCUCUGCUGCUGCAAAACACCGAAAUAUGAAAAGGCGUGCUCAAUGAUGGC